CCAAGGUAGUCCCAUUUGGUUCCCGGGGAGAGACAACGGAGUGCGAUAAACGAGAGAGUGGGACGCGGAAACAGCAGGAGCGGUCCGCGAGAGAGGUGCAGCGACCGGUGACAGCUUUUCACUCGAACCGUAUAGAGACCAAAUAAUUGCUGCAUUUGUCUUUUUUUCCCGUGAAGUUUCGGAUCAGAGGUUUUUUGUAGGGACAAGGGGAUCUUUCUUCUGUAUAGAGAGUAUCAUUCGGGAUUCAGAAUGUCGGGGAGCAGGGAGGAGGAGCGGCGGAAACUAGCUGACAUCAUUAACCACUGGAACGCCAACCGGCUCGACCUGUUCGAGAUCAGCCAACCCACCGAGGACUUGGAGUUCCACGGCGUGAUGCGUUUCUACUUCCAGGACCGCGUGGCGGGGAACUUUGCCACCAAGUGCAUCCGCGUGUCCUCCACGGCCACCACUCAGGACGUCAUCGAGACGCUGGCCGAGAAGUUCCGGCCCGACAUGAGAAUGCUCUCCUCGCCAAAAUACUCCCUCUACGAGGUCCACGUCAGCGGGGAAGAACGGAAGCUGGACCUGGAUGAGAAGCCACUGGUGGUGCAGCUCAACUGGAACAAAGACGACCGCGAGGGACGCUUCGUCCUCAAGAACGAGAACGACAUCAUCCCCAAGAAGAUGCAGAGCAACGGGCCGGAGAGGGAGAAGGAGGGAGUAAUCCAGAACUUCAAGCGGACACUGUCCAAGAAAGAGAAGAAGAAGGAGAAGAAGAGAGAGAAGGAGGCUCACAUUCCGGACGGAGAUGAGCAAGCACUGAACAGAGAAGAUGGAGAGAACUCCAGACUGGCGGCGGAGGUGUACAAGGACAUGCCGGAGAACAGCUUCACCAGGACCAUCUCUAACCCUGAGGUGGUGAUGAAGAGGAGGCGGCAGCAGAAACUGGAGAAGAGGAUGCAGGAGUUCCGCAGCAGCGACGGCAGGCCCGACUCGGGGGGGACGUUGAGGAUCUAUGCAGACAGUCUGAAGCCCAACAUUCCUUAUAAGACCAUCCUGCUGUCAACGACAGACAUGGCAGACUUUGCUGUGGUGGAGGCCCUGGAGAAGUACGGCCUGGAGAAGGAGAACCCCCGGGAGUACUGCAUCGCCAGGCACACAGAUGACAAGUCUGGGAAGGAGAUCGUCCUGGACGAUACGGAGUGUCCUCUUCAGAUCUUCAGAGACUGGCCCAACGACCGAGGAGCCCUCGUGUUCCAGCUGAAGAAGAGACCUCCCGACUACGUGCCUAAGAAGGGCCGGAAACCAGAGGACAAGGGCCUCAGAGGAAAGGGCAUGGACGGGCCCCUGUACGGCUCUCUACCCCCAGAGAAACUGCCGUACCUGGUGGAGCUCAGCCCAGACGGCUCCGACUCCAGGGACAAACCGAAGCUCUACCGUCUGCAGCACAGUGUCACUGAGGUGGGCUCAGACACGACAGACGACGGCUCCAUCCAGCUGUUUGGUCCAGGUAUCCUGCCCCACCACUGCAAACUGAUGCACACAGAGGGUCUGGUUACAGUGACGCCACACAGUCUGGAGGCUGAGACCUACGUGGACGGCCAGCGUGUCACCGAGACCACCGUGCUGCGAAGCGGAGCCACACUUCAGUUCGGUGCCUCCCAUGUCUUCAAGUUUGUGGACCCCAGCUACGACCACAGCAUGGGCAAGGGAGGUCCCGGACCGAUGAUGAGAGGAAGGCACAAGUCAGGGAGUGUUUCUGAGACUACCUUUGACCUGCAAGGGGACAUUCACAGUGGGACGGCCCUCCCCGCCAGCAAGAGCUCAGGUAAGCUGGAUAUGGAGCGUUCAGCCAACGGCAGCGAGAGAGGCAUGGUCAAACCCAUGAUCCGCGGGGAGCAGCAGGAUGGCAGGUCCCAGGACAUCCUGAGCCCAGAACUGACGCUGCCGGCCAGCAUCGAGUUCAGGGACAACUCCGAAGAUGCCUUUCUGUCGGCUAUCAUCAACUACACCAACAGCUCCACGGUGCACUUCAAGCUGUCCCCUACCUACGUACUAUAUAUGACCUGUCGCUACGUCAUGUCCAGCCACUACCGGCCCGACGUCAGUCCCUCGGAACGCACUCACAAGGUCAUAGCCAUCGUUAACAAGAUGGUGAGCAUGAUGGAAGGAGUCAUCCAGGAGAUUCCUGAAGGGGCCCAGAAGCAGAAGAACAUCGCGGGGGCCCUGGCCUUCUGGAUGGCCAAUGCCUCAGAGCUACUCAACUUCAUCAAACAGGACAAGGACCUGUCGCGCAUCACACUGGACGCCCAGGACGUGCUGGCACACCUCGUCCAGAUGGCCUUCAAGUACCUGGUCCAGUGUCUGCAGUCUGACCUGAAUAAUUACAUGCCUGCGUUUUUGGAUGACCCAGAGGAACAGAACCCUCAGAGGCCCAACAUAGAGGACGUUCUGCACACCCUGACGGGCGCCAUGUCGCUGCUGCGCCGUUGCCGUGUCAACGCGGCGCUGACCAUUCAGCUGUUCUCGCAGCUCUUCCACUUCAUCAACAUGUGGCUGUUCAACAAGCUGGCGAUGGAGGCCGACUCUGGGCUGUGUUCACACUACUGGGGAGCCAUCCUCCGCCAGCAGCUCAGCCACAUUGAGGCCUGGGCAGAGAAACAGGGCCUGGAGCUGGCCGCCGACUGCCACCUCAGUCGCAUCGUACAGGCUACGACUCUCCUCACCAUGGACAAGUACUCCAUGCAGGACGUGCAGAACAUCCACAACACCUGCUUCAAGCUGAACUCCCUGCAGCUCAACGCCCUCAUGACCAACUACCACUGUGCUCCCGACGAGCCUUACAUCCCCCCCGAGCUGAUAGACCACGUGGUUGCCGUGGCAGAGAACACGGCAGAUGAACUGGCCCGUAGCGACGGCCGAGAGGUCCAGCUGGAGGAGGACCCCGACCUGCAACUGCCCUUCCUACUGCCCGAGGACGGCUACUCCUGCGACGUCGUGCGCAACAUUCCCAACGGAUUCCAGGAGUUCCUGGACCCCCUUUGUCAGAGAGGAUUCUGUCGGCUAACCCCUCACCCCCGCUCCCCUGGGACCUGGACCAUCCACUUUGAAGGAGCCGACUGCGACAGCCACUUCUUUGCAGACAACUCCGACCUGCAAAUGCGGAAGGAACCGGAAGUUGUGACGGUCACCCUGAAGAAGCACAAUGGCAUGGGCCUCAGCAUUGUGGCUGCCAAGGGUGCUGGACAGGACAAGCUCGGGAUCUACAUCAAGUCUGUUGUGAAGGGAGGUGCGGCUGAAGUGGACGGUCGUCUGGCUGCAGGGGACCAGCUGCUGAGUGUGGACGGCCGCAGCCUGGUGGGCCUCUCCCAGGAGAGGGCUGCAGAGUUGAUGACGAGGACAGGCUCUGUGGUGACACUGGAAGUGGCCAAACAGGGUGCUAUUUACCACGGCCUGGCCACACUCCUCAACCAGCCUUCUCCUAUGAUGCCCAGAGCGUUACAAGGAGGGCGUGAUAAGAACGGUAAACUGAGACCAAAGAGUGAAGGCUUUGAACUGUACAACAACUCAGUCCAGAACGGCUCUCCAGAGAGCCCCCAGGGUGACUGGCAGGCCUACCCAGAACCAAAGAAGUUGAGCGGGGAGGAGAGACUACUGAAGAACCGGGCCGACCACCGCUCCAGCCCCAACGUGGCCAACCAGAGUCAGAGUCCAGGAGGAAAUACCGUCUACCCAGGAGGACCUGGGACAAAGAUCACCUCCGUCUCCACGGGCAACCUGUGUGCUGAUGACGAGCCCUCUCCACCUCAUCCCGAGGCCUACCCAAUCCCCACUCAGACCUACCCCAGGGAAUACUUCACCAUCCCAGCCUCCAAGUCUACAGACCGGAUGGGCCCGGCCGCGGGGCAGUUAUACACUGACGACAGGGGCCCUCCUGGCUCCAUGGAAGACCACCACAACAGCAGCAUCGCCAUACAGCGGAUGGGCCACUCUCAGGAGGAGCUGUGUGACCUCCCAGGGGGCUACCCUCCAGCCCCCCUGCGUCCUGAGGACCUGGUCCACCUGCAGCAGCAGCAGAGAGACGCUGACUACCAGCGGGGCAGUGGGGAACACUGGGUCAACCACCACCAGGUCUCCUCCUCCGUGGAGUCCUCCACCUCCAGCCAGGAACACCUCAACUACUCCUCUAACAAGACCCAGAGCAACCACAAGAGUGGCCCAGGACGCUGGAAGACCCCUGGCCCCAUCGCCCCGCACCCAGGCCCCGUGGCUCAGGCCACACGCACAGACCUCCCACCCCCUCCACCGCCCCCUGUACACUACCAGGACUUUGAUUCCCAGCCCGACCUGCCCCUACCCCCCCCUCCCUCUGCCUCCCAGCAACAGGCAGCAGCCGCCGACCGCAAGAAGCGCGAGGAGCAGCAGCGCUGGUAUGAGAAGGAGAAGGCCCGGUUAGAGGAGGAGAGGGAGAGGAAGAGGAGGGAACAGGAGAGGAAGCUGGGACAGGUCCGUAACCCAUCCAUGUGCCCUUGCCCUACUUCCCCCCCCAGGCCCAACAGCAGGCCCAGCAGCAGCAGCCCCCCCAGGCCUGAGAAACUGUCCACUCUGCCCAGAGCGACAACUCUGCCCCCUCAGGGUAACCCAAUGGACACAGUGAUCAGAGAGCUGCUCCCCCAGCAGCAGCCCCGCACCAUCGAGCGCCGGGAUCUGCAGUAUAUCACCAUCAGCAAGGCGGCGCUGUCCUCCAGCGACAGCCUGUCCCCAGACCCCUGGAAGAGGGACGCCCGGGAGAAGCUGGAGAAGCAACAGCAGCUGCACAUCGUAGACCUGCUGGACAGGGAGAUCCAGGACCUGCAGGCCAAGCCGGAGCGUACGGCCGAAGAGAGCGACCGGCUCAGGAAGCUGAUGCUGGAGUGGCAGUUCCAGAAGAGACUGCAGGAGUCCAAGCAGAGUGAUGAGGAAGAUGAGGAGGAUGACGACGAGGACGUGGACUCCAUGAUGAUCAUGCAGCGGCUGGAGGCGGAGAAGAGAGCAAGGUUGCAGGAUGAGGAGCGGCGGCGGAAGCAGCAGCUGGAGGAGAUCCGUAAGCGCGAGGCGGAGGACCGGGCCAAGCAGGAGGAGGAGAGACACUGGAGAGAGGAGGAGAGGGCCAGACGAGAGGUCGAUGAGAAGAGGAGGCAGGAGGAGGAGUACUACACACGUCUGGAGGAAGGGCGGCGCCGGCAGCACGAGGAGGCCGAGCGCAAGCUGCUGACCCCUGACGAGCCUGGUCUGUACAGACCUCCCCUCCCCAGGGACUACCAGCCUCAGCCCCUCCCUCCCACUGCAUCCCCCGCAACCACUGCCACUAACGCUCCACCACCCCCUCAGAGAAACGCAUCCUACCUCAAAACCCAGGUCGUCUCCCCUGACGCCUUGUACACUGCCAAGUUUGUCUCGUACAAUGAUGAGGAGGAGGAGGACGCUGCAGGAUUUCAUUCAUACACUGGAAACACAACCGGGGUUGUAGGAUCAGAAGAAGGUUACAAGGACCUGCGAGAGAAAUGGACAAAAGGUGGUCAAGAACAGGAAAACACUUUAACUGGAGAAGCGCCAGAGAGUAUGACCUUCAAGGAGCGCCAGCGGCUCUUUUCCCAAGGGAAGGAGGUGUCUAACAAAGUCAAGGCCUCACGGAAACUCAUGGAGCUGGAAAAUGAACUCAAUACAAAGUAGUAGACUGGAGCCUUAGCAAGACAGACCGCCAAGCCCCAACUCAGCAACGAGAAAAAGAGCCAGGUUUUGUUUCCCAGUGACUCUCCUUUGUUUUUUUAUUUAAUAACUGGAUCAUUACGUACAAUUUAAAUGUAUCAUUGCAAUAGGUGAGACAUUUAUUUGCUUAAUUUCCCUCUUAAACUGUCAAAGAUAUAUUAAAAUAAACCACUGUAAAAACGUUUUAAUUAUACUAGUAAGACACAUCUGAAAUCACGUGAAGGGGGGGGGUAUAUUAAAAUAAACCACUGUAAAAACUGUUUUAAUUAUACUAGUAAGACAUCUGAAAUCACGUGAAGGGGGGGGAUAUAUUUUUGUUUGUAAAAUGAUUCUUGGGUUAGGGAUGAAAAGUUUUGCUUUAUUUAAAAAAUACAUGUAAUAGCUUACUGUAAUGUGGAAUAUUUUAUGGUAUUUUAUGCUCCUUCUGCAUUACAUAUUUUCACACUUAAUUUCUCCUUGUUUAAAUAAAUGCCCAGGCUUUCCAUACCAGACUAAUCAUUUUAGUUAACUUCUUAUACGCAGUGGAGGCUGCUGAGGGGAGGACGGCUCAUAAAUGGCUGGAACUGAGCAAAUGGAAUGGCAUCAAACACAUGGGAAACGUGUUUGAUAUAUCAAUACUAUUCCACUAAUUCCGCUCCAGCCAUUUCCAUGAUCCCGUCUUCCCCAAUUAAGGUGCCACCAACCUGUGACUCAGUGAUUCAAAUGGAGUAAUGUUGUCCAUUCUGGUUUGUGAUACACUGUUCUUCAUUCCUUAGAAUGUGGGUUUAGUUUUGCUCCAGCUAUUACUGGAAGAUGCUAUGUCUUCACUAUGACUUCCACAUAUAUAAACUGGUUUACUGGGUCCUACUGGGGGUCCACUUGAGUGCACACACACACACACUGUAAAUAUCUCUCUCGUUCCAAACAGAACUUAUACUUCGUGAUAGUAGCAACUCUCUCAUUUGGUGUUCAUCUUCAGAAAUGGACAGUUCAGACUUUAUAGAAGUGUGACGUAGGAAAUUUAAACAAUUAACUCAUCUUUUGGUUCUCGCUGUCAAUGGGGGUGUUAACAGUUUUUCAAUGUUUUCUAUUCCCCCCACUUUUUAGUAUUGAUUUUCUUUGAAUUGAAUAGUCAUUUGCAGAGUUGUGAAAUUUGACAAGUUGUAAUACAUCACCAGUAUGAGGGAAAUUACUUCACUGUCAGUUCAAAUGAUAAUAAAAAUCAAAAGUAGGAACAUUGUUUGAACCUUAUGUAAUGUACUUGCACAGAUUUUGUUUAUUUAAAAUGUUUGAGCCUUUUAAAUCUAUAAAACAUGGAAUACAUUUGGAUCUAUAAGGCUACUGUAGGAAACUUAUUUGAAGGAUUUGGGCAGUAUGCUAUUUACAUGAAGUAAAUCUCUCCAGUCUUAAACCCCUACAUCUCUUCAUUCACAGCUUUUUGAUCCAUCUUGUGUAAAUAUUCUUUUCAGGAGAACAUGUGCCAGAUUUCACUGUUAACUUUAAUUGUGCAUAAAGUAACGGUGGCAAUAUCCUGUUUCAGCUUCAAAGACUGUAUUCAACUUGGUUUCUCAUUUAAAUCAUUUAAAUUGUUUUGCUUGAGUCUUUUGUAAAUCAUGAAUAAAUACAGAUUUUACAAAA